GCUUAGUUUGGUUCGAAACAUGAUCCGGUGUGGUUUGCAUCUGGUGACACUUCUUUGCACGAUCCAGGUCGCGAUUGGUCUGAACCCGGAUGUGUUAUUGCGAAGAUCCAUCACCAAGCACGGUUAUGAGGCGGAACUGCACAAGGUGGUCACCGAAGAUGGCUACAUUUUGAGCAUGAGUCGAGUACCGGGUCUAGGGAAGCCUCCCAUGCUGAUCAUGCACGGAUUACUCGGUUGUUCAGCGGACUAUACCGUGCAAGGACCGCAGAAGUCAUUGGCAUUCCUGGCAGCUGACUCUGGAUACGAUGUUUGGUUGGGAAACAAUCGGGGUACGACCUUCUCCAUGAAUCAUAGCACACUGGAUCCGAAAUCAAAGCAGUUCUGGGACUUUAGCUUCCAUGAGCUGGGUGUGUACGACCUACCAGCUAUGGUCAACUACAUUCUGCAAGCAACAAACAGUGAAAAGCUCCACUACGUUGGUCACUCCCAAGGUACGACCCAGUUCUUCGUGCUGACCAGCUCACGUCCAGAGUACAACGAAAAGUUCUCCAGUGUUCAUCUAUCAGCUCCAGUGGCAUUCCUCGACCAUGCAACCACACCAGCGAUCUACCUCGUCAACCGAGUAGACGAACUCAUGGCUGCUUCUCAACUCAUGCAAAUCUACAACCUCUUCGGAAGGGGACACCCCAAAUCCUACAUGGACACAAUCGCUUUCGCUUCCCGAACCGGCUACCUCCCGCCGGGUCUGAUCCUCACCAACAUCUGGUACUUCAUCGGCUACCACGACUCCAUCAACCGAACCCUCCUCCCAGACAUCCUCGACCACCCCGCCGGAGCAUCCGUCCUCCAACUGCUCCACUACAUCCAAAUCUACAACGCCAAACGCUUCCAACAGUUCGACUACGGUCCGGAAGAAAACCUCCGCCGUUACAACAGCACCAUCCCUCCGGAGUACCCCCUCCACCGCAUAACCACCCCCAUCCAUCUCUACACCAGCGAUUACGACAACUUCAACCAACCACAAGACGUGGACCAGCUGACCCGGCGCCUGCCCAACGUGGCGCUGAAGUUCAAGGUCCCCGUCGCGCGCUGGAACCACUUGGACUUCUUCUUCGACGUCGACGCCCACCAUCUGUAUCGGGUGAUGCUGGGCGCGAUGGCGAAACUCAACUAACUGCAAGACUGUCGCAACGCCGCAUCGUUAGCUGCUAUAUUGUGUGGCCCACAAAGGUACAGCUUCAGAAGUGCUUCUAUUUGGCUGUUUAUCUUCUAUUGCACUUGUGAAUUGUUUGAAAAUGGCAAUAAAAACGUGGCGUGCCUCUGGCGGUUGACCGUAGGACGACGACGAUGGACAUCUGCUGCUGCUACUGGGUGCUGGGUUAAAGUUUGUUUUUCAAGAAAACAGGUACCGAAAGAUAGAGAUAAGUGGAAGGUUGGAGAUUUUUUGUGCAUUUUUUAACUGAUGCAGAUUGUGCGAAAAAAGACGCUGUUGGGAUGAUGCCAGUUUUAUGCAUGGACAAGUUGUUAAAAAGACUUGUUGGAACAUUUAUUUUUAGCAUUGUGGUGAUAAUU